AAGGGCUGCGCUAAGAAAAAUACAACUCAUUGCUUAUAAAUACGUAAUGCUUUGUUACGCGGAAACGUGGAAUAUUAUCUUAGUGUCGUUUUUUCCACGUUACGGAGUUUCUUUUUAGAGACAGUCUCCAAGGGAAUACGGAAUAAGCCUUGCGAUUAAGCGUGAAUAUUCGACGAGAAAUGUGAUUGUAAAAUCUCGUGAAGUAUUCCUUUGCUACCGUGCUAUAACAAAAUGUCUUUUUACGACAAUCACUACUAUUAUUUCAACAAAACUUCUCUAUGCAUUAUCGGCCAAUGGCCGUUUCAAUCGCGACUGAGGAAUAACGCGAUGGCAGCCGUUACGGUGUUUUUCAUUUCCAGCUUGACGGCCCUUGAGCUCUGGGGCUUACUAGCCGGGAUUACGGAUUUGAGCAUCAUCAUGGAGAACACUUCGCCAUUGUUAGUGUGUGUUUUCAUCAUUGUGAAAUUAGUCAACUGUUUCAUGAAUAAUUAUAAAAUGAAAGAACUUCUGGAGAAUAUUGAAGAGACGUGGAACGUAAUGCACGUAGGACCAGAGAAUAAAAUAUUACGGCAAUAUGCGGAGGAAAACAAAAUCUUGUCAAAACGAUACGCAAUUGGCCUUUACAUGAUGUGGCUCUUCUAUACUACGCCACCGAUCAUUAUUACCGGGAUAUAUACGUUUUUACCGACGAACGAAACGUACUCGGCCAGGUUUCUAUAUCGUAUGGAACACGUUCUCGACAUGGACAAAUAUUACAACCUAUUGAUGCUACAUGGGUUUAUCGGCGUAUUUUACAUAGUGUCUGUGCCGAUAGCUGUCGAUAGUCUGUUCACACUCUGUGUUCAGCACGUUGGCGCGUUGUUCACAUGUGUAAAAUACAACUUAGAGCAAGUACGAGGGUCGAAGGUAGUGCUCGAUCCGGAUAUCGCAGACGAUGAAGCAUACCAUAGCAUAAUCAGCUGCAUCAAAUUGUACAAACGUAUCUUAAAAUUUUCCGAUCUGCUCGCAUCAGCCUUCGCAACAUCUUUUUUAUUUCUGCUGGGAAAUGUUGUUGUUUGUUUAAGCUUUGGCUCAGCAGAGUUGGUAAUGGUGGACAUUCAAUUUGACGAAAUCGUUAGAAUUAUUGCUUCUAAUGUAGCGCAGUUGGGACAUAUAUAUUAUUUGAGUUUAACUUCUCAACGAUUAAUCGAUUACAGCGACGAGAUUCAUAACAUAGUUUACAGCUGCAACUGGCACUCAAUUUCAUUAAGAUCAAGAAGUCUAUUGAUAUUCACAUUAAUGCGUACUACUAAACCGUGCCAAGUAAAAGCUGGAAACAUGUUCGUGAUGUCGCUGGAGAGCUUUAGUGCGAUUUUAAAAAUGACUAUGUCUUAUUUUACAAUGCUCACGUCAAUGCAGUAACAAUCAAGUAUAAUGGAUAAGUAAAAUCGCGUGUUAAAUAAAUAAGCUAACAAUAGUUAUAGGUAUUGUAUAAUAAAUUGAUAUCUUAUUUAU